AAAUGUUGUCCGCGACCAGAACCCGGAAGCCAAAACCCCUCGCACCCAAUCAGCUUUGCCCUGGAAGCAGUUAACGCGUCCACAAACAGGCUGUAUCUCAACAUGUAGUUCAUGUGCUUUUACUUUUAUGUACUCUGUUUUUUGACUGACUCAGAUUCCUAUUUUUAAUAGCUGACUCUCGAUGAUGAAAUGCACAAAUGGCCGACAUCAUAAAUCCGGACAAUGAAGGAGAUCUUCAGGCUCAAAUUGAAGAGGUCGAGGCUCUGUCAUCCAUCUAUGGGGAUGAGUGGUGUGUUAUAGAUGAAGCAUCCAGAAUAUUUUGCAUCAAAGUAUCCGAUGACUUGGACGAGCCAAAACUAACAGCAUGUUUGCAGAUAAUUCUCCCACCUGAUUAUCCAAGCAUAUCUCCCCCCAUCUACCAGAUCAAUGCAGCGUGGUUGCGAGGCCCUGAGAGGGCCAAAUUGGCAAACAGCCUGGAAGACCUCUAUGUGGAGCACAUGGGGGAGAGCAUCCUUUAUCUGUGGGUGGAAAAAAUUCGAGAAUUCCUUGUGGAGAAGUCCCAGAGCUCAGAAACAGUGGAUCAACCAGAAAACGUGAACAUGACGGCUGAGGAGGAAGUGGAUGAUGAUGAUGAAGACAUACCAGACUUCAGGACUUUUAAACUGAACACAGAGAAUGCACAUCUCUUCAUGGAUCAUGCAAAUGAUGAAGAAGUCCCUCCUAUAAAACAUGGAAAUUCCAUCACAGACCGACGCAGUACCUUCCAGCCUCACUUAGCACCUGUGGUGACUCCCAGACAGGUGAAAAUGGUCCUAGAGAGUCUAUAUGAAAACAAGAAGAUUGCUAGUGCCACUCAUAAUAUUUAUGCAUACAGGAUUUACUGCGAGGACAAGCACAGCUUCCUGCAGGACUGCGAAGACGACGGCGAGACAGCCGCAGGGGGGAGAUUGCUCCAUUUACUGCAGAUUCUAGAUGUGCGUAAUGUCAUGGUGGUCGUGUCCCGAUGGUAUGGAGGUAUUUUGUUGGGUCCUGACCGCUUCAAACACAUCAACAACUGUGCGAGAAACAUCCUGGUAGAGGAAGGAUACACUGCCUCCACGGAUGAAGCCACCAAAUCAGGAGCAAAGACCAAAAGGCCAAAAAGCAAGAAGAGUAAAUAAAUUCAAAAGGAGGUUGUGUGUCCUAUCAGAGCAUUUACCUCACAGCGGCUCCUGUGGGAUUUUGCCUCACCUCUCCAUUUUGGUGUCACUCGAUCCCUGGAAAGACACGGUCUGCAUAUUAACCACUCCAGGGUGGCUUGAGGCAGCAGAGGACUGCUUUCUAAAAAUACCCGGGGCUCAUCUGGGCACAGUGCAGUUUCGUUUUCACUGCCACAACCCGACUAUGCGAUGUAAGAAAGUUGACUCUUAUCUGUGUUCAGUAUCGUUAGGGAAUAAAACUGAUGGUUUGAUCCAAUUAGGGCAUUUCUUUUGAAUGUGAACACAAAUUACACACAAUAGGCUGAGAUUUGUCCCAUGUCUGUGUACAAAGCUGUCUGUUAAUUUCAUCCAUUGAGAAUAAUUACAGCUAAUUCAUUUAGAGAGUUGUUUCUCCCGGACAAGCUAUCAUCCCACUGAACUCAUCAUCUCAGCCUUUAAUCAUGUUUUUUUAGAGGCUUGAGAAGAACUCAUGGAGCUAAUUUCAUACUCGAUGUUAAGGAUAGUAAUGAUCCCACUUAGGAGAUUUCAAAUUUGAUCAAUAUACAGUUUUUCCUGCCGUUGAUUGUUACAUCAUGCCCUGGGAGAACUUUGGUGGAGUCUGGCUCAAGACUUUCAUUGUUACAGCAAAUUCCAAAAAUGUAAAUACUGUAUCUUUUCAAAGCAUGCAAGUACAGAACUCCAAAGUGUUAAAAACUGACAUCAAGUGUAAAAUAUAUGUGAAAUAAUCUGGGAAAUUGUUAAAACUCAACUCAUAAAAUAUUAUUUGUUAUUCAUUAAA